UCUUAAUUUAAUUAUUUCCAAAUUGUUGCCACCAAAGUGCCGCCUCUAGUACAAGGGUUUAAACGAAUGGGAAAAGAAAAUUCACUUGAAACGCAUACCAAUGGCAUCCUCAGUAUCAAGAAAGCUCUUACGCACUACCCUUAGAAACCCUAGCUCCAUAAAAGCUUCACAGCUCUCUUCAUUUUGCACAAAAAUCUCAGACGAUUUGGAACCGGAAUCAACAGGAUUUUCAUUACCUUCAUCUUCCGAGUUGAAUCAAGAACGCAAAUACAUUGAACGUCCCCUUGAAAAUGGCUUGGAAGUUGGUAUUUACAAGGCAAUCUUGGUUGGUCAGGUUGGCCAGACACCAAUACAAAAGAGGUUGAAGAGUGGGAGGACGGUGACUCUGCUAUCCCUUGGAACAGGUGGAAUUCGGAACAACAGGAGGCCGUUUGAUAAUGAAGAGCCAAGAGAAUAUGCCAAUAGGUGUGCAGUUCAGUGGCACAGGGUCUCAGUCUAUCCCGAGAGGUUGGGGGAGAUGGCCAUGAAGAGUAUUAUUCCAGGUUCAAUCUUGUAUGUGGAGGGUAACCUUGAAACAAAAAUCUUCACUGAUCCUAUCACUGGUCUUGUACGGCGCAUACGAGAGAUUGCUGUACGAAGAAAUGGUCGUCUGGUUUCCCUUGGGAAAGGGAGUGAAGGCCAGCAGCAAUCACAAGCAGAAAUCAAAGGGGUUGGUUAUUACUAAGAGUGGGCUUGCAAUGAAAGCAACCGAAUCUUUAUGUAGAAGAAUCGUUCGAGUUGUCUUGUUUUUUUUUUUCCCUUCCCUCACAUUAAUCCGAGGAGCAAUAUAAACUGGAUCAACAAUCUGAUAGUUCCGUGCCUAUGAAGUUGUAUCUGAUAAUUUGUCACCUGUCUGCUGGUUAAGUUAAUUCAUAUGAGCUUUGAGCUGCUA